ACUCCCCGCUUCCCGACUCUUCCAGGAAGAACCCGACCGACCUCGGCGGGCUCCGCGGCGCCGCCUGUCGGCGCGCGCGCGCCGCGUGCGUGCCUGCGGUCUCUCGUCGUCUCCAGAAGAUGCGCCCCGGUGCCUCGCCUUUCCCUCUUCUUCUACCUCCUUCCACCCGCCUCCCCGCCCCACUACGCACCCCCACGGAUCACGCGCGCGCUGCCACUGUUCUCUUCUCUGAAGAAGCGUCGCAAAGCCCCGCCCCCGGAGAUCCCCCGUCGCCGGCCUGGUCAAGAUGGCUGAACAGCUGUAUACUGUGGCAUCGGAUAGUGAAACCACAGGGGAAGACAAAUCACAGCCGUCAUUUCCUGAUGUUGCUAUCGGCAUUGACAUUGGGACUUCCAAAUGCAGUGUUGCUGUUUGGGACGGCCACCAAGUUGAGCUCUUAAAAAACACCCGCAAUCAGAAAGGGAUGAGGUCGUAUGUCAUGUUCAAAGAUGACAAUCUUUCAGCAGGAGUUACUGGAGGAACAGCUCAGGAAAAUGCACAUGAGGAAAGAGAUAUCUUGUCAGGAAGUGCCAUAUUCAACAUGAAACGACUGAUUGGAAGAAUGGACACGGAUGAAGUAGUUCAAGCUAGCAAGGCCCUCCCUUUUCUUGUGCAAACAUUGGGUAUUGGCGUGAGACCAUUUAUUGCAGCACUCGUGAACAAUAUGUGGCGAUCUACAACCCCUGAAGAAGUUCUUGCCAUCUUUCUGCUUGAAUUGAAGGCAUUGGUAGAGAUGCAUCUUAAACACCCGGUGAGGAAUGCUGUGCUUACCAUUCCAGUUGCAUUCAGUCGGUUUCAACAGACCAGGAUUGAGAGAGCUUGUGCAAUGGCUGGGCUGCAUGUGUUGAGGUUGAUGCCAGAGCCUACUGCUGUCGCACUUCUGUAUGCUCAGCAGCAGCAGCAGCAGCUUAUGCAUGACAAUAUGGGAAGUGGCAUUGAGAAAAUUGCCCUGAUAUUUAACAUGGGUGCUGGGUACUGUGAUGUAGCUGUGACCGCCACUGCUGGAGGUGUUUCUCAAAUAAGAGCAUUAUCAGGAUGCACUAUUGGUGGAGAGGAUAUCCUUCAGAAUAUAAUGCGCCAUGUUCUUCCCAAUUUUGACAGUUUUUAUGCUGGUCAGACAAUGGAUAGAAUAAGGUCAAUGGGUCUACUGCGAAUUGCAACUCAGGAUGCAAUUCACAGACUGGCUAACCAGGAGACUGUAGAGAUUAAUGUAGAUUUGGGGAAUGGCCAGAAAGUGUCCAAAGUGCUAGACCAUUCAGAGUUCGAACAAGUUAAUUGGGGGAUUUUUGAGAAGUGCGAGAAGAUCAUCAACCAGUGCUUGCUUGAUGCGAAGUUAGUCCCAGAGGAUAUCAAUGAUGUCAUGCUGGUUGGAGGGUGUUCUAGGAUCCCCAGAAUCAGAAGCCUUGUCCUGGGCUUGUGCAAGAAGGAAGUCUCUUACAAGAACAUAGACACUCUAGAAGCUGCUGUUGCAGGUGCUGCAUUGGAAGGAGCCAUCGCUUCGGGAGUUACUGACCCUUCAGGGAGCCUGGAUCUUCUGACAAUUCAGGCGACCCCUAUGAACCUGGGAAUCCGAGCAGAUGGCGAUAACUUUGCAGCAAUUAUUCCCAGGAACACAACAGUUCCAGCAAGGAGGGACAUGCUGUUCACAACAACGCAGGACAACCAGAGUGAAGCACUCAUCGCUGUGUAUGAAGGAGAAGGGGAACGCGCUGAAGACAACCAUCUGCUAGGGUACUUCAAGAUCACUGGCAUUCCGCCGGUACCCAAGGGGUCGGUUGAGAUCAGUGUGUGUAUGGACAUCGACGCUGCCAAUGUCCUCAGAGUGUUUGCAGGAGUUGUCAAGCCUCAAGGGCCAGCCAUUCCUCCCUUCAUCGAGGUGAGGAUGCCGACGCUCGAUGAUGGUCAUGGUUGGUGCGGGCAGGCUCUGGCAAAGAUGUAUGGCAAGACUCUCGACCUUGCUGUUCUCCCCAAGAAGCUGCAGCCAUGAGAUGCUUACGGUGGCCCCGUAAGUAGCUAGUGCGUUGUGUGUACUCUGGUUGCUCAAUGUUCACUGUCUCGUGGUCUCUCAUGGUCCCUCACCUUGGGCCGAUCUAUACCGAGCCGUAGUCGGCCUCAAGCAUGCACAACAAAGAAUAACUCAAGCCUCUGCAGCAGAGGGCAUAGCAAAAUAACUCAUGAAACGUAGGGGCAUUACCGGUCACCGCACACAGGGAUCCACAGACAUGCCUAUCGGUUAUUGAGUCAGCAGGAGCUACUGAAAUAUUUCGCAGAAAACAAGUGACAAAGUUCUAGAAAGAGAAACAUCUCCUUGGUUGAAAGGCAGACGAACACCAUAAUGUCCACCGGUGAUAAGAGCAUCUUCCUAACUCGUCUUCUGGGCCUGGACGACGCAAGAGGACGCUAGCAUAUCUGCUUGCAAUCAGCUGGCCGGCUUGCCACCCGUCCCUUUCUUCAUCUUCAGAGACUCCCGGAGGAACCUAAAAUCAGAUAAUAGAUGCCACAUGUUUGUCAAAAGAUUCAUAAUACAGAGUCCAUUUUAUUUUGAUAAAAUUAGGAGCUGCACAGUUGCACAGGAGCAGACACAACAAUAGUCUAUUUUUAUUUGAGAUGAUGAACGGCUCAUGUUGUGAACAUAUGGCCAAACAUCUACAUGACCUUACAUAUAAGCAGGUAUAAGAAUUGUGCCAUUGUGCAAGCUACUCAAAUGGGCAGAAAGAUAGCAGUAUCCGUUUUGGAAAAUUCUUACGGCCAAACCAGAAAACAUCUCUGCGGGCUCUAUAUUGUACCCAAAUAUGUCUUCAUGCUAGGUAGGAACGUUGUAAAAAUACUCCCUCUUAUAUGAUUUAUCCAACAUCAUAAAUAAAAGGAAGGAGGAAA